AAGAGGAGGUGGUGGGGAUUCAAACUAAGGCAGGGUUAACAGUGAGUCACACCACAGGCUGUCUCCACAGCACUAAGAUAUGGGCUUACUGUGACUUCAACCCGGAGCUUCUGUCUUAAACCUAAAAAAAAGAAAAAAGACUAAAAAGAGGGAGUUAGACAGAGACAGGAAGUUAGAAAAAGAUGCACAUUUCCCAGGAAGAUGGAAAACUGAUCGUGUCCAAGACGUUGAAUCUUUAGCAGGGGGGAAAAAGAGGAGCGAGGACAAGCCUGAGGAUACUACAGAUUAUGUUGCCAUGGAAACCCAAACUUGGAAGCGGGCACAAGGACCACUGAAGGUGGACAACCAUUCUUGACUCCAUCCUCGACACAUUACUGUCACGCUGCGCACUGUGGUGAGAGAAUGCUUUGGAGAAUUACUAUCCCAGUCCUUCUGGCUGGAGUGCUCUGCAUCCCUGCGGAGACCAAAAAGUCUCGGCCCCAGGGAUCCAUCCCAUCCCCGCACAAGACCAAAGGAAACCUGUCCUCAGAACGUCACCACCGGCUAUUGCAGCAGAAACCGGAGGUGCUGUCCUCCAGCCGAGAGGCCUUGGUGGUGACGGAGCGCCGCUACCUCCGCAGAGACUGGUGCAAGACCCAACCCCUCCGUCAGACAGUCAGCGAGGAGGGCUGCCGCAGCCGAACUGUGGUCAACCGUUUUUGCUAUGGCCAGUGUAACUCCUUCUAUAUUCCCCGUCACAUGGGUCCCAGCUCCGGUCAGGCCCAGAACCGAGGCCAGGCCUCAGGAUCUGGAAGGAAGAACCACAACAAGGCCCAGGAGCCGUUCCAGUCCUGCUCCUUCUGCAGGCCGCACCGCAUCACACAGCUCACGGUGCAGCUCGACUGUCCAGACCUGCAGCCGCCCUUCAGGCAUCGCAAGGUGCAGCGGGUCAAACAGUGUCGCUGCAUGUCUGUGGACGUGAGCAGCCACGGGAAACUGUGAAGGAGGAGUUUAAAGAUCUGUUGGAACUGAAACGACAUCUGCAUAUUGUCAAAGGCAGAUAUUCACAAACGUUGCCAAAUAAAGACUGGCUUCAAGUUGAACUAUUCCGCAUCCUGUUUGACAAAUAAUGGCUUGUCACACAAUAAAAAGACAUCAAACAUGGACCUGCUAUUAUUUAAUAAAGGGCCAAUAAUGAAUUAAUCCGAGACUGUCAGCCAUGUUGGUGAGCUGACGCUGUUGAAAGAGACACUGAUGAUGAGGCAGCCAAUGUUCCGCCAUGUUAUUUUUUAACAAAGCUCAUAUCUACCUGCUCUUUGUACAGUUACUACCAGACCCCUUUGUGAUAAAGGCCUGUUUGAAGUUGUCCUCCUUGUCCAGACCCUGGAACAGCAGCGGUCAUAACUAUCAGUCGCCCUAUGGAGACCUGGAGAAGUAGUACAUGUGCUAUCUGCAGUGCCUGAAAGAAAAUAAACUGCACCCUGUGAACCCUUUCAUAUGUUUUUGUGUGUGAAAUUAAAUGUAUUUCUGCAGGUAACCUUGCAGCAAUUACAAUUUGACAACAAAGUUUUAAAAACUGUUUCAAAAGUAUUGUAUCCGUUAUCCUGUAUCUUUUCCUGAACUCACAUGAUGAUGAUGAUGAUACACAAGCUGAUACUGCAGUGACCUGUGGGAUCCUCGUGUUUGGACACAAGCGUGGCAGUAGACUGUGCACUUGCCACAAAUAUACUUGCCAGUAGGAAACACGUGGCAUGUGUAUGUAAGGGUGCAAUAUAUACAAUAUAUAUAAAUAUAUUUUAUGUAUGUGUGAGUACGUAUGUAAAAAAUUAUAUUAAAUCUAUUUCAUAUAAAA